CCUUAACAAAAGCAUCACUUCACUCUCUCUGCUUAUCUUACCGACACACAGAUAAACACAUUGAUUUGUGGCGGCUGUUGAUUUUUUUAUCACCGUCUCAUCUGUUCAAGUAGUUUUCUGGUGAGAUUUUCUGAAAGUGUUUUCAAAUUUAUUCAUUGAUUUUUCUCUCUCUAGUACUGAAUUCCAAGUGAUCAAUUUGUUCAGUUUCUCACCCUACCAUGGAAACCAGCUCAUAUUUUUCAAAACCCUUUUCUGGGUACCCAAGAAUUUGAUGAAAGUUUCAAUCUUUCGUGAAAUUCCACUCAAUUUAUGUGUUUCUUUUCACUUGUGUAGUUUCCAAAUUUGUGGUGGAAUUUUUUGGCACAAGGCUUUGACUUGUUCAAAUCCUGCGUAGUCAUUACUAAUCAGGUAAUGAUGCACUCAACAAAAUCUGAGUCUGAUAUCACAAGCUUAGCUGCAUCAUCACCAUCAAGGUCCCCAAAGGCACCUGUGUAUUAUGUGCAGAGCCCUUCAAGGGACUCACACGAUGGGGACAAGUCCUCGUCAAUGCAUGCCACUCCAAUGUACAACAACAGCCCCAUGGAGUCACCCUCACACCCCUCUUUCGGCCGCCACUCGAGGAACUCCUCCGCGAGCCGAUUUUCUGGGAUUUUCAGGUCAUCUUCCGGUAGAAAAGGCGGUAGGAAGCCGAGGAAUGACAAGGGGUGGCCGGAGUGUAAGGUGAUUAUGGAGGAAGGGGGUUAUGAUGAUUUCAACGAUAAGUCGCUUUCGCGCCGUGUGCAGGUCUUGAUUGCUCUUCUUAGCUUUGUGGUGUUGUUCACUGUCUUCUGCUUGAUCAUAUGGGGUGCAAGCAGGCCUUACAAACCAGAAGUUGUAGUUAAGAGCUUGGAUAUCAGUAACUUCUACAUUGGUGAGGGUUCAGACUUCAGUGGAGUUCCAACAAAGCUGGUGACGGUGAAUGGCUCAUUAAGGCUCAGUGUACGCAACUCUGCUUCAAUUUUCGGCAUUCACGUUACCUCCUCACCUAUCGGUCUCCUCUAUUCAGAGAUUGCGGUAGCAAUUGGUCAGUUGAAGAAAUAUUAUCAGCCAAGAAAGAGCCUCCGAACCAUAUCAGUAAACUUGCAAGGAACCAAGGUUCCUCUAUACGGGGCUGGAUCAAGUUUGAAGUACUCAAAGACUGGUGCAUUGGUUCCAAUUCCGUUGACCUUAAAAUUUGAAAUCCGGUCUCGAGCGUACGUGGUAGGGAAGCUAGUGAAAACGAAGCGUCGAAGGCGAAUCUCUUGUCCUUUGGUUUUGGAUCCCACUGUCACCAAACCCAUCAAGUUCAAUAAGACUUCAUGCGCUUAUGACUGAUGAUCCCCUUCUGUGAAUGCUUGUGAAAAUCGAGUACAGAAUUUACUGCAAUUUGAGCUUACUUUUUGGCCAGGACUGCAAACCCAGUUGAGUUGUUCAUUCCACAUAUGACAUCCUUUUUCAAGAAAUAAAAAAUAAACAUUUUUUUGGCCAGCGUAAACCCUUUACUGUAAUAAUUCCUGUAACCGGUGGUUUUUUUUUUUUUUUUUUUUUUUACUCCAAAUUCAUGUCACUGAUUUAGCUAUGAUUUUCUAUAAAAUAAAUGUAAAUAGGUUUGUUUGAAAUUGUGUAAUGCAUGUUGUAUGUAUGUUUUUAAAGACUGAGCUUUGGACGAGCA